AUGGGGGGAUCUUUUGUAAUAGGCGGAGAUUUUGAUGCUAAAGCACCGGAUUGGGGCAUGGACAAAUUAGAUGCGAGAGGCCUCUGCAUUCUGGAAAUGGCAGCUAGGACGGGCUUGGUGAUCGCAAACCAAGGAAACACUUCGACUUUCCGAAGACCAGGCUAUGCUGAAACAAUCCCCGAUAUCACGCUAAUAAGUGAAAAACUCUCUGGGGAUGUUAAGAACUGGAGUGUAAUCGAAAACUAUACUGGUAGCGAUCACCAGUACAUCACCUUCGAUGUCAGCAAAAUAAAGAACUCUCCGACAAAGGAAGACAAUCGAGCCCCUAGAUGGAAUAUUGAUAAGCUAAAUGAAGAGAAAUUCAGGAAAGCCAUUAUUGAUGGCAGUAACGAAAUUGCUAUCAUGGGAAAUACAAAAAAUUUACAAAAACUGACAAAGGAUACAAUACAUGUUUUACAAAAAGCUUGUAACAUUUCUAUGCCCAAUAAACACGGAAACAAGAGAAGACGCCCAGUAUAUUGGUGGACUAAGGAGAUCACCGAUAUUAGGAAGAAUUGUCUUCGACUCCGCUGCCAGGCAACUCGACAACAAAAGAGAAAACCCGGAGAAACAAGCUUAGAAAAAGCAGAAUAUAAGAAAGCCAAAAGGCGCUUGUCAAAAGCUAUAAAAAGAAGCAAGAAAGACCGGUGGGAAGAGCUUACGCAGGAUAUAAAUAACAAUCCUUGA